CGCUCAAGCGUAGGGUACCAGUUAUUGUGCAUUGAUUCAGCACUUUUAAUAGGUUAAUCGGAAGAUCUGGGACAGCGGGUACCAGAAUGGUUGGCGUUUUACGAAUGUACCAAUAUUUCUUUUAGUCUCCUGUUAUGGAUUUGGUGUCAAAGAGGCUCGAGGUUGCUGCCUUAUUGAAGAGAAGAUACUUUGUUGCCUGGCAAAUGAUGCAAGCUCGGUCGCUUUCCCCAGAGUCGAGCAGGGGCUGUGUGAGGCGCAGGCGAUUGAGCCACGACACUAGAAGGGCCAAGCCACAAUUACUUUGCAAAAUUACAAUUGGCUCGCUUACCGAUUGUCAAGCCAAUCUGGUCGCAAUCUCUUCUCUUCCCCAUCUUCAUCUCGCUUGGCGGACGCUGCGUCAUCAGUUUACCCACCCUUCCCUCAACUUUUUCCUGCCCUACUGUGUUGCAGAAUGCGCAGAUAAGUACUUGAAGUGUACUCAAUCUUGUGUGCAGAGUACUUCCCUUGCUCGUUGUCCCUUGCUUGUGCUGGAAUGUGUCUCGGCAACUUGUGAAGUUAAUCGGUUCUUUCACUACUCCAAGUACAAUCGUUGGCCGUACAGAAUACUACGUCAUAUUCGCAAGCCCAAGUAUAAUCAAACUCUUGGCGAGUAGAUUAAAGUACCCAGUGGGUCCAGACUGAGGAGACAAUGAUGCCAUGGUUUUCCGCUAGAUGAAAUCCGAAGCCCUAGAGCAGAAAACUUGCUUAGCCUGUGUAUUUGCUCACAGGUACCCGCGUGCUAUCCCCAGUAGCAACGUAGUAACCGGACUUGAAAAGUGUUAGAACCUUGCGUUAAGGG